AAAGAGUGCAGUGGUGUGUAUUAUAUGGAGCUUUAGUAAUAAAGCGAAUAGCACUAUGAUAGACAACAUCCAAUUUCUUAAGUAAGGAGUUGGAAGCAUUCCUAUAGACAACGUCGCUAAAAUCUAGCAUUGGGAUGAUAGUCAUUUUAACCUGUUAACCCUCUUUCCAUUUUCUGAACCCCCCCACAAAAACUGUCAUAGCCAAACUAAAAUAGAUACAGUUUAUGAAGUCUUUGCACUAAAAGCAUAAGUUUGGUCUCAUUUGAAAGCAGACACUUGGAAGUUUAUUAAGAGGUGAACAUUAGUUACUGUCAUAAUGAAAAAAGUUGUUAUAGAGAGCUUAAAUUAUACUUUUUUAUAAACUCCACCAAACAUGUAUGAAAUAUUGUUAUGAAAAUCUAAAUGAAACUGGCCUUGGAGCAAUCUAGAAAUGCUCUGCAGAUAAAGCCACAGGUCUGACCAUGUUCUGUUUUAAAUCUGAAGAUGAUACCUCUAAAACUCUGUAUUUUAUGAAAUGUUUUUUAGACCCAUGUCAUGUAAAUUUAUUUAGAGAAAACAGCAAAAAUGCUAAGCUAAUGUUUGUUAUAUCUCUUUUGUCUCAAUUCACUUUCUUUUUAUUAAAUUCCUUUCUUACAAAAAGAAACUUACCUUAAAGAAGCUUUACCAGUCGAAAUUAUUCCUAGAAACAUAUAUCUCAUAUCUCCAGACAGCAGAUGUUUACAGAACAGCUAGUACGUUAGCUUAGCAUACCAUCAAAACACGACAAAUAAAAGCAUUUAUAAUAAAACUCACUUUAUAACAUCAAAAGUCGAGUGCUUAAACAAUCAUGCGUGAUCUGAUGUGGCUUUGGAUCAUAAAAUAAGACCGAAAAUAAACAAUUUUAUGCUAUUUAUGCUGUUAGCUUAGCAUAGCAUUAUAAUAUAUAGUACUGUUAUGAAAAUACCAGACAUAGCGUUAAAAAUACAGACAAACCAUAUAUAAUCUUAAUCGUGUUUAUUGUCUCCAUGUUUCAAAACAUCAAAACAUCUUUAUUUGCAUGUUAUUAUAAAAACAGCGAUCGCUCGUUGCAGGUUACUGUUCAAGUUCACGUCUUACUGACAGCUGCUGCUGAGCUCUAGUAAUGUUACGUUCGUGAACGAAUCGUUCUUUUUGAACGAAUCUUUUAGGUGAACGAAACGUUCUCGUUCACAUGACCAAUUGACUCAUAUUUCUCGUUCACUGAAAUUCCUCCCCUAGCAGCAAGGCGCUAUUCAGCACAUGGCCGCAUGCGCACUUGCGCAGGUCAGUAAACCAACCAGUUGGCUCUGUGAACUGUUUCACCCGCCCUGUCAAAGAAUGAUUAAACCUGGAGCCAAUAGCCUUCGAGUUUGAGAUGUGACGCAGCAUGUGUUUGUCGAAUUUAAUGUAUUGAACGAAUACGCCCAUCACUGACCGAGUCGCUCGCUGUUUUGAAUACAAAUGAACGAGAGAAAGAUUUCUCGUUGUAGGCUACGAGUUGAAGAAGAUCAUUUCGUUUGUGAAUGAAAAAAACCCCGUUGUUAUACGAUAGAACUGUGCUCAUGUUUGGUAUAUUAUUUGAAAAUUACACUUUGUAAUGAAAACAGUGUAAUAAUGCACUUGUUAAAUGUAACAGACAGAUUAGCAUUGUAAUUUGCAUCAGUAAUCUGUUAAGUAUAGCGUACAGCAGCACUUCAAAAUGAGUGGCAGCAGAAAGAGAAGUGUAUUAUGGAGUUAUUUUAAGGAGGUGUCUCCAACACAGGCUGUGUGUACCAUUUGUAAAGCACAGCUGUCAUUUAAAGGAGGAUCUACAGCUAACCUUAACAGACAUCUAAAGGUGAAGCAUCCGACUGUGCAGCUGACACAAACUAGGGAAACUGAACAAGUAUCAGAGGAGCCUGGAACAUCCAGCAGUACCAGCACUGCACAGCCUUCUUCUAUCUCACCUGCCACUACCAGCACUUCUCAUACGACUGUCCCACACAGAUGACGAGGAGGGCAGAGCACUCUAACACAUUUUGUGGCUCGGCCACUUGACCCAUUAAGACAAAAGACAGUGGAUGAGGACCUGGCAAGAAUGAUUGCACUGGAUCUGCAGCCUUUUUCUAUUGUGGAGGACAGAGGUUUCAAAACAUUUACAAAAGCCUUAAACCCCUCAUAUAUAUUGCCCAGCAGGCAAACCCUGUCAAAAACAAUAAUUCCAGAAAUGUUUUUGAAGAUUCAUGAACAAAUUAUGGAAAAAGUUAACAAGGCAUCAGCAGUGUGCCUCACAACAGAUUGCUGGACAUCUAGGGCCACAUGUGGUUUUAUGUCAGUUACAUGUCACUUCAUUGAAAAUUAUAAAAUGGAGUCAUGUCUGUUGGAUUGUUUUGAAUUUACCGAAAGACACACUGCAGACAAUCUAGCAGACAAUCUUUUAAGAAUUGCUAGAGAGUGGAACAUAACUGACAAAAUAGUAGCUUGUGUUUCUGAUAAUGCUCACAACAUAAGCCUGGCCAUUCACAAAACCUCAUGGAAGCAUCUGCCAUGCUUUGCCCAUACAGUUAACUUGAUUGUGAGGGGUGGACUCAGUGUUAUCCAAAAUACACUGAAUAAGAUUAAAGCAAUUGUGGAGUACAUGCACCGAAGCACAGUGGCAGCUGAAAAACUUAAGGCAACACAGCAGCAGAUGGGUUUGCCAGAGUUAAAACUGAAACAAGACUGCCCAACACGAUGGAACUCCACAUUUGAUAUGUUACAGAGAUUUCUUGCUAACAAGGAUGCCAUCAUCACAACACUUGCACUAGUAAAUGCUCGACUAGAAACUCUGACACAGGAUGAGUGGAAAGAACUGGAAGAAGCCUGUGAGGCUUUAAGACCAUUUGAAGAAGUCACAGUGGAAAUAAGUGGUGAGAGCUAUGUGACUGCCUCAAAGGUGAUCCUGCUUUCACGGAGUCUCCAAAAAAUAUGCACAAGAUACCUCAGAUCAGGAGGGUUCCGAAAACCUAUCAUUGACAUGCUUGAGACAAUGACAAAAGACAUGGCCACCAGGUUCCACAAGGUGGAAUUUCACCAUCUGCUCUCAGAAGCAUCUGCACUGGACCCAAGGUUCAAAAAAAGGGCCUUUUCAGAUGAUCAUGCAGCAAAUGAAGCUUUCCAGAGACUUAAAAAUGCUGCUGGGAGAGUGAGAUUGUCCUCCUCAGCACAUCAAACAGAGCAGCAACAGGCAGCAGCAUCAGCAGCAGCAUCACCACCACCACCACCACAAGAAACACAGGAAAGCUUGGUGUGGGGUGAUUUCGAUGAACAAGUUGCAGGUCUUGUCACAAGAACAAGUUCUUCAGCAGAGGCUGUUUUGGAAAUGCGGUCAUAUUCAGAGGAGCCCCUGGUAGCAAGGUCCUCCAACCCACUACUCUGGUGGCAAAACUGAUUUACCCCAGACUGACCCAACUUAUGCUGGAAAGGCUUUGCCUUGUGGCAACAUCUGUUCCAUCAGAGAGAAUUUUUAGCAAGAUGGGACAGAUAAUCUCUGAAAGAAGAAGCAGAAUCAGCCCCUCUAAGGCCCGACAACUGAUAUUUUUAAAUGCCAACCUAAAAUAAUCCUGUUGUUGUUAACCCAAACCCUGCUUAUGUGUCAGGGUGUUUUUUUCCAUGGAGCUCUGUUUUGAUAGAUUUUGAAACAUUUUUUGAAAGUUUUUGCACUACUGUGGUUUAGAGUUCAUUGUUAUAUUUGCACUUUAAAUAGAGUUUAGUGUUAAUAUUUGCACUACUGUUUACCUGCUUCUCUUACAUUUUAAGAGAAACUUAAAAAGGAAAUUUGUUUACCUGAUUAAACUUUACAUUAGUCUAACCAGUGCUUCUUAUAUUUUAUUAUAUACUCUUUUUUUAAUGUUGCCCUUAUUUUGUAUUUUUGCACUACUGUGUUUUAGACUUGGUAUAUUCUGCACUUUGAACAAUUUACUUGACUACUGUACAAUCAGAAUACUGUAAGCAAUGAUGUUUGUGUGCAUUUUGCAAUAUUUAUUUUUA